AUGAGAAUUACUGUCUUAUUUGCUGUAGAAAUUCGCGAAGAAGCUGUCAAAGAAGCACUGCAAAAAGAUCCCCUUGUGUGUCUAGAUUCUGUUCGACCUAGCAAGCGACGGCAGCACAAUAGUUGCAUCCCCGAACCUGGUCCUUCGCAUGCCAGAAGCGAAAGUGGAUCGGAGAGUAGUUUCGGCACUAAUUCGUCACAGAGACAGCAUAAUCAAACCUCAACUACUGUCCUUCCUCCCCCCGCUAUGUCCCAGCAGCAACAACAACAGAGCCGGUUCUUGGAGAGCGCCGAAGUCUUUCACAAAAUGUCUGAUCCCACGCCGGCCACAAAACUGGCCAAUUUGCGGAUCACUGAUGGAGCUUUGCCCACCACCACCCCACCUGCUAACUCCAUCGCUGUCAACACCCCUUGUACUGUCCCUUCCACUGUUCCUUCUUUACUUCCUCGGGUUCAACAGCAGGAAGCCUUUGUCUCUGCGGAUAACAUUCACCCAGCUGCCACUUCCCUCGCUGGCUCCAGUCAAGCUUCUCCUCUUGCCUCAAAUCAAGCUGGAGGAAGUGUAGAUGGGGGUCUCUAUAGACCCUCUCUCACCACCUCAAUUGCUGAAAUCACACCCCAUCAACUCCAACAACAGACUCAAUCCAUGUACCAGAGUGGCCUGGUGUGCCCUGCACGAGUGUCAGAGAAGAUCCAGCAGUUGGUGAAUACUCUCAAGCGACCAAAACGCCGACCUCUUCCUGAGUAUUUUAUCGACGAAGAUGACCAAAUUCUAGUCCAACCUGUAAUCGAUCCCAAUGCACCUAAACCUCUUGGAGCCGUUACUGAGCCGCUCAUUGGUGAAAAGUUAGUUGUGCCGACGGGUUUACCUCGUAACAUCGAGUCAGCUCUGCAACGAUAUGCCAGCGUGAUUGGAAAGACACCGGCUCUCACUUGUCUCGAACCACCCGGUCGUUCGACCCAAGUCGUCUCCUAUGCUAAAUUGCUCCAACGUUCCAACCGGAUAGCCUUCCUGUUAUUGAACAAGCUUGGUCAUCGUGGUGGUCAGAGUCUGAAACCACGCGACCGAGUAGCCCUUGUAUACACUUCCAACGACCCCAUCUCCUUCCUCAUCGCCUUCUACGGUUGCCUUCUUGCCUCUGUCAUCCCUAUCGCCAUUGAAGUUCCAUCCACAAGGAAGGCAAGUAUCUCUUACUUCCCUGAUAGUUCCUGUCAGAAUAUGGGUUUCCUCCUGAGCAGCUUGGAUGCUCGUGUGGUACUCACUAAUGAACAAGUUUACAAAUCUCUGGCUCGCACUCCCUCUGGGGAUAUUGCUCCCCUCCCCGGUUGGCCACACCAAAUUAUCUGGAUCAAUACCGAUCACCAUGGCGGCGGCGGUGGUGGUUUUAUUGGAAGUAGUGGAAAAAAGGUUCCCAAAGACUGGUCUCUCCCUGAAAGACUUCCUCCUGAAGAAACUAUUUAUAUUGAGGCAAGUCUUUCCAUUUGCGUAUAA